AUGGGCAAUAAUUGUACUAAUUGUUAAGGCUGCUCAAAGAAAGAUGAAAUUUAAGUCUCUGAGUUUAAUCAAUAUUCAAUAAGUCGCGCAUUUCCUGAAGACGAAGAAAAUUAUGAAGAAGAUGAUGUAUGAGUAUAUGGUUAAACAUAGAUCAAAUAAUCAUUGUAACUGGUUAUUGAAAACUAUUUGCCAUUAUAAUCUGUUCUUCUGCCCAGUGACAAAAAAUGUGAUAACACCCUAACUUCAUGUACAAUUUAGAGUUAUAUUUGAGAAUCGAACAGCGAAUUAUAAAAUAGAAAGAAUGAAAUGGUUUAAAGAAAUUAAGAAGACAUGACCGAUGCAGGAGUCAAUAAAUUUGAAACUGAAACCAGAGAAAGAAGAUCAAGACAUUAUUUUAAAAGCGGGGCCUAUUAUGAAGGAGAAUGGUUAGGACAAUAGAGGGAUGGAUUCGGAAUUUAAGUAUGGUCAGAUGGAGCUAAAUACGAGGGAUAAUGGAAAUAAAACAGAGCAGACGGAAAGGGUAAGUUUUGGUAUGUCAGCGGUGAUCUUUAUGAUGGAGAAUGGAAGGAAGAUAGAGUUAGUGGUUAGGGAAAAUAUAUUCAUGCUAACGGAGCUAAAUAUGAGGGACAAUGGUUAAAUGAUUAACCUCAUGGUUAUGGCGUUGAAACAUGGAAGGAUCAGUCUCGAUUUGAGGGGAGUUAUAGGUUUGGAAAAAAAGAAGGUUUCGGAAAAUAUUACUGGAGUGAUGGAUCUUUUUAUUAGGGUUAUUGGAAGAAGAAUUAGUUGGAAGGGUUUGGUGUAUAUACUUGGUCUGACGAUAGAGUAAAUUAUUAUUUGAAUUUAGAAAUACAUGGGGAUGUGGAGUAAUAAUUAAAUGAAUGGCAGAGGAAUCUAUACAUGGCCUGAUGGACGUUCAUAUGAAGGAGAAUAUGUUACAGAUAAAAAAUAAGGAUAUGGUAUUUAUGAGUGGCCGGAUGGAAGAAGUAUUUUAUUAUGAUUACAUUUAGAAUAUGAAGGUUAUUGGAGAAAUGGAAAAUAAUCUGGAAAAGGCAGAUAUUCAUUACCUACUAAUAAUAGUUAGUUAGGCUUAUGGGAGGAAGGACGUAGAAUUUAAUGGAUAACAGAGGAUGAGGAUAUUAAACCAAAGGGGUGGGACCAAUAUGUGCAGCCAACCUUACCAUAAGAUUAAAUCACUAAUAAAUGA